ACAGGGUGACUUCAUUCAAUUCGAGUGCGUGUGUGAUCGAAAUUCCAUAAAGCAGAUUCUCAGAAUCCGGAAGGUGAUUCAGGUUUCUUCGGUACGCAAUUGCUUUCAAUCCGAUUUACUUUUCCUGAAAGUUUUAAGGGCAUCGCAUCGGCAAUCGCUUUGGAUUAGGGCUUUUUGGGCGUUUAUUGUUGUUGUAUCAAGUUUCGAUUUGAGUUUGUUGUAUUAGAGCAGUAUUUCGAGUAGAUCUACUUAUUAGGGGUAAGAAAUUGUGGUUUGGAUUGAAGAAGAUAUGGAAGUCGCGAAGAAAUUCGGUUCGAGUGCGAAAAGGGGGAACACGGGGUACGGAUUAGGGCUUGUGAGAAGCACUUCAUUUGGUAGAAAAAGAAUUGCUUUGCCAGAUGUUUGUAUCGAUUUUGGGGAUAUUGAUGACGAUUCUAUUCCUCUUACGCCGUUCAAAAGGCGAUGUUGUGAAGAUUCGUUGUUCGUUAGUCACGAUUCCCUACUCGAGGGUUUGCCUCAGGAACUUCUGAUUCGGAUACUCUGCAAUGUGGAGCAUGAAGAUUUGAAAAGGCUGUUUUUUGUGUCCAAAGCAAUUAGAGAAGCUGCUGUGCUUGCAAAGAAAUCACAUUUUGCCUACCGCACACCACAAAAGGUGUUGAUGUUCCGGGGCGUGGAGGAUUUAAGCAAUUCUGACGAUGUCCAAGCUCCAAAUGCUCCUAAACAGUUGCGAGUUCCACGUGCUAGAUUGAGCGCGAAGAAAUUGUCGGAAGUGUCUGUCGCGCUCUUUGCUGAUGAUGAUGACGAUGAGAAAGGUGCCGUAUGGCCGAGGAGAGGUUCGAUUGCUGCUUUGGAAACAGAGGUUUGAUUGAGUUAUAUAUGUAUGUAUAUGUCUUUGUGCAUGCAUAAGGUAGUCUUUUUGUAGGUUUUAAGGUGGUCUGAUUUGCUCAUCAGAUUAAUUAUUGUUGUUGGUUUUGUGUAUAAUUUGUAUGAGUAGUCAGUUUUUGCUUCAACCAUUUUAGUUGAAGUGUGGGGUUGGUUUGUAAUUUGGUUGUAUAUUAGUGUAUAUUGUAAACAAAUUCAAGUUUGUGAUUUAUGUUAAACAAUUGUAUUUUUUUUAAUA